AUGGGAUUUUUGUUACUCUCUCUAUUCUUGAUAUUUUUUGUAAGAAUAAAUAAUUAUGUGAAUGCUACUAAUUAUUCAAUAGAUGCAAUUAGCAAUAUUGGGUGCAAUAUUUUUAUUGGAAAAUGGGUUUUUGAUUCUUCAUAUCCUAUGUAUGAUUUUUCAAAAUGUCCAUUUAUUGAUAAUGAAUUCAAUUGCCAGAAGUACAAGAGACCUGAUAAUUUGUACCUUAAAUAUAGAUGGCAACCUUCCUCCUGCAACCUCCCAAGGUUCAAUGGUUUGGUUUUCUUGGAAAAAUACAAGGGGAAGAAUAUAAUGUUUGUGGGUGACUCAUUAAGUUUGAAUAUGUGGGAGUCAUUGGGUUGCAUGAUUCACUCUUCAUUGCCAAAUGCUAAAACUUCACUCACAAAGAAAAAUGGAAUUGCUGAAAUUGCAUUCUUGGGCUAUGGAGUUAGAUUGUCAAUGUAUCGUACUCCAUACUUGGUGGACAUGGUCAAAGAAAAUAUUGGCACUGUUUUGAAGUUGGAUUCCAUUAGUGAUGGCAAAGCUUGGAUGGGAAUGGAUGUAUUGAUUUUCAAUUCAUGGCAUUGGUGGACUCACACUGGCAGCUCUCAACCGUGGGAUUACAUGCAAGAUGGGGGCAAAAUUGUCAAAGAUAUGGACCGUUUGGUUGCUUUCUCCAAAGGAAUGACCACUUGGGCUAGAUGGGUCGAUAAAAAUAUCGACCCAUCUAAAACUAAAGUCUUCUUCCAAGGAAUUUCCCCCACUCACUAUAAGGGCAAGGAUUGGAAUGAACCAUCAAAAUCAUGCAAAGGACAAACACAACCAUUUUUUGGCACAAAUUAUCCAGCAGGGACACCACAAGAAGCAAAUGUGGUCAACAAAGUAAUCAAAAACAUUAAAAACAACGUUUAUUUAUUGGAUAUUACAACUCUUUCACAAUAUAGAAAAGAUGGACAUCCAGGAUAUUAUAGUGAAAUGCAUGGAUCAGAUUGUAGCCAUUGGUGUCUACCUGGUUUGCCUGAUACUUGGAACCUCCUUCUUUAUACAAUUCUUAUUGGUUGAAAUCGCGGCGACAGGACAGUCCUUUAGUCGCCACAAAAAUUAGGGGUUUUCGUGGCCGCUCUAAAAGUGUUGCCACGAAAAGUAAGAUGAUCUGAAAGUCGUUUAAGAAUAGUCUAGUCGCUGAAACUUAUUGGUGGUGACCCCUAAAGUUUGCAUUGAAAUGUUAUUUUCCAUGGCAACUUUAAAGAUCGUUAUUACAUUACAACUAUCACCUUUUUAGUUGCCACAAAAACUAAGGGUUUUAGUGGCCGCUCUAGAAAUUUCGUAACUAAAAAAAGUGAUAGUUUUAGUGAUGACCUUUGAAGUUGCCACGGGAAGUAACAUAUAAUGAAUAAGUUUCAAUGACUUCGACUAUUCUUUAAGGGUCGUCACGAAUAAAUUUCAACAGCAAAACUAUUCUUAAUGGCCUUCAAGUCGUCAUGAAAAGUCCCUUGUAGAGUUUUGUGGCGACAAAGUCGUCACAAAAAAUGUCAUUUAUUCUAGUGUUAUGUUAUGUAUGAUCAUUAUUCUAUUUUACUAGGGAAAUGUAUGUUGUUUAGGAAUUUGAUUGACUUCUAUUUGAAUGACAAAAUAAGAAGGUUGAUAUUUGAAUUGUAAAAUGUGUGUAAGAUCUUUAGGCAUGAAAGGAUGCCUUAGUCCAAAUUGU